AUGAGCCGCAGCUCGCCGCGAGCUCUGCCCCCGGGCGCGCUUCCCCGGCUGCUGCCGGCCGCGCCUGCAGCCGUGCAGCGGGCCCUGCUCCCGCCGUGGCCCCGGCGCGCAGGACGCCGCUGGCCUGCGUCCCCGCUCGGGAUGAAGGUGUUUCGCAGGAAGGCGCUGGUGCUGUGCGCGGGCUAUGCACUGCUGCUGGUGCUCACUAUGCUCAACCUCCUGGACUACAAGUGGCAUAAGGAGCCGCUGCAGCAGUGCAACCCCGACGGGCCUCUGGGUGCCGCGGCGGGGGCGACCGGAGGCGGUUGGGGACGGCCGGGGUCGCCUCCUGCAGCGCCACCCCGCGCUCACCCGCGUAUGGACCCCCGUACCCCAUACCGCCCUCCCGCAGCCGGCGUGGGGGCAGUUCCCGCAGCCGCGGUGGGGGCUGUAGGAGCUGCGGCCUCUCCAAGCAAUGGCACUCGAGGCACCAGGGGUGGAGGGGACAAGCGGCAGUUGGUGUAUGUGUUCACCACGUGGCGCUCCGGUUCCUCCUUCUUCGGCGAGCUCUUCAACCAGAACCCCGAGGUGUUCUUCCUCUACGAGCCCGUGUGGCACGUGUGGCAAAAACUGUACCCUGGGGACGCGGUUUCCCUGCAGGGGGCAGCGCGGGACAUGCUGAGCGCUCUCUACCGCUGCGAUCUUUCGGUUUUCCAACUGUAUAGCCCCGCCGGCAGUGGGGGGCGCAACCUCACCACUCUGGGCAUCUUUGGGGCAGCCACCAACAAGGUGGUGUGCUCCUCGCCUCUCUGUCCCGCCUACCGCAAGGAGGUCGUCGGGCUGGUGGACGACCGCGUGUGCAAGAAGUGCCCACCUCAACGCCUGGCACGCUUCGAGGAGGAGUGCCGCAAGUAUCGCACGCUGGUGAUCAAGGGCGUGCGCGUCUUCGAUGUGGCUGUGUUGGCACCGCUGCUUCGAGAUCCAGCCCUGGACCUCAAGGUCAUCCACUUGGUGCGUGAUCCUCGUGCGGUUGCCAGCUCCCGCAUCCGCUCGCGCCAUGGCCUCAUCCGGGAAAGCCUACAGGUGGUGCGAAGCCGGGAUCCGAGAGCCCACCGCAUGCCCUUCCUGGAGGCCGCUGGCCACAAGCUGGGUGCCAAGAAGGAGGGUAUAGGUGGGCCAGCAGACUACCAUGCUCUGGGUGCAAUGGAGGUCAUCUGCAACAGUAUGGCCAAAACGCUGCAGACAGCCUUGCAACCCCCUGACUGGCUGCAGGGACACUACUUAGUGGUGAGGUACGAGGAUCUGGUGGGAGACCCGGUUAAGACCCUACGGAGGGUGUACGACUUUGUGGGGCUGCUGGUGAGUCCCGAAAUGGAGCAGUUUGCCCUGAACAUGACCAGCGGUUCGGGCUCCUCCUCCAAGCCUUUCGUGGUGUCGGCUCGCAAUGCCACUCAGGCCGCCAACGCCUGGCGGACCGCGCUCACCUUCCAGCAGAUCAAACAGGUGGAGGAGUUUUGCUACCAGCCCAUGGCAGUGCUGGGCUAUGAGCGGGUCAACAGCCCUGAGGAGGUCAAAGACCUCAGCAAGACCCUGCUUCGGAAGCCCCGGCUUUGAGAGGGGUUCCCAAGAGAUCUGAGGCCCUCUGGAGACACCCACAAAGAGGAUGGUGUGUUUAAACAAACACAGCCCAGACCCAAGCUGAGGAAGCCCACAUAUUCUAUUAUAGAUAUAUAAUAUAAAUAACCACACAGGCACUUGCUGUCAACGUAUUGAGUCAGUGAAUUUCAAGGAACAGCCUCAACACACACACACACACACACACACACACACACACACACACACACACACAGAAAAGGCAAGACUUGAAAGUUCCGACAAAUUGCCCUGUCCUCCUGCCUCCUCUCCCUCUCCCCUUCUCAUCCUCUCUCCCUCCUCCCUUCCAUAUUGAAGUGGAAUGUUGAUAAAUCAAGUUCCAGUAACCCAAAUCUUGUUUACAAAUUUUUCGUGGUAUCUGUGAAUGUGUAAGAUUAAUUUGGACGUGGGGUGGGGUGGGUGGAGAAGGGGGAAGCGGUCCCAGAGCAAAAAGCCCCCACCGGGCUGGUAAACCCAAGGAGGCGUUCUUCAAAAGUAGACUUUUGUGUAAACAGCAAAGGUUACGUGUGAGUAUUAAUAAAGAAGAUAAUAAAUAAUAUUCUUUUUUA